ACUCUGUUUCGUUUCUUCCUUUCAGACUGCAGUUACACAUGUCACUACCGCUGCCGACCGCUCAUCCAGCUGGACUGCAGCAUACACGGAGGUGUGUCCACACAGAAGGCAGAUGACGCCGAAGACGCCAUUGAGACCGACACAAAUGUGGAUGAACAGACUGAACUGGGUAAACAGGAACUGAGUGUUGGCGAGAUCCAGCAAAGGGUGAAGGAGUACAACUCUCAGAUUAACAAUAAUCUCUGCAUGGUGGUUAACAAAAAUGGGUCCUACACUGGUUUCAUCAAGGUCCACUUCCAGCUCCUUCGACCCAUCUCCCUCCCUCCUCCUCAGCGCCAGAACUCCACAGAAGAGGGAGAUGAGCGGGACCGACGAACUCUAAGGCGGACAUCUUUCUACCUCCCCAAAGAUGCUGCGAAGCACCUGCACAUCAGCUCAGAAACACGAGUGAGGGAAGUCAUCGAGGCGUUGCUCAGGAAGUUCACUGUGGUGGACAACCCAGCAAAGUUUGCCUUGUUUGAACGCACAGAGAAGCAGAGCCAAGUCUGCAUGCGUAAGCUGUCUGAGGAUGAGCGCCCUCUGUUUUUACGCCUGUGUGCUGGCCCCAGUGAAAUAGUCUUGAGCCUGGUUUUGAAAGAGAACGAGACGGGGGAAGUAAAUUGGGAUGCUUUUAGCCUUCCUGAGUUAAGCAACUUUCUGCGGAUUUUGCAGCGUGAGGAAGAGGAGCAUGUGCGCCAGAUUGUGAAGCGCUACGCUCACGCUCGAGACGUGAUGAAGCAGGCCGCGGCCCGCAUAACUACACCUGGUUGAUGAAGAGAGACUCAAAUGAUCCUUUAAUUAAACUGUGAGAAAUGAUGUCAGGUGAUGUAAAAGGGAAGUGCUCAAACAUUCAUCGUGUUUUUUAUUAAUUUAAGGUUAUAAUAAAAGCACAAAUAUGCGUUUGCAUUUAAUGUGAACUGUUGAAAGAAUCAGUUCAUGCAACUUUUUCAUAAACAAAUACUUUUUUCCAUAU